CAACGCCUCCACAAACAUUGCGGGCUGGUACCGCAUUGAAGCCUACAUAAUGAAGUUCUACAUAGACGAGCUUCCAGUGCUUUUCCCCUACCCCAGGGUCUAUCCAGAGCAAUAUGCCUACAUGUGCGAUCUCAAGCGGACCCUGGACGCGGGCGGCCACUGCGUGCUGGAGAUGCCUUCUGGCACGGGUAAAACCGUGUCUCUUCUUUCGUUGAUUGUAGCGUACCAGCAGUUUCACCCUGAAAAGAGGAAGCUCAUCUACUGCUCACGUACCAUGUCCGAGAUUGAAAAAGCGCUCGCAGAGUUGAAAGCACUCAUGAAGUACCGGACCGAGCAGCUGGGAUAUGAGGAAGAGUUCCGUGGGCUGGGGUUGACGAGUCGCAAGAACUUGUGUCUUCAUCCGUCCAUCAAACGCGAGAAGAGCGGAGCGGUGGUGGAUGCGCGGUGUCGCAGCGUCACGGCUGGAUUCGUCAAAGAGAAGAAGGAGCGUGGCGAAGACGUCGAGCUCUGCGUCUAUCACGAGAAUCUGGAGCUUCUCGAACCGCACAAUCUCAUUCCUCCGGGUGUAUGGACCUUAGAUGGCAUGCUUCGGUAUGGGGAGCAGCACAAACAAUGUCCUUAUUUCACAGCACGGCGAAUGAUGCAAUACUGCAACGUGAUCAUUUACUCCUACCACUAUCUACUUGACCCCAAAAUUGCCGAACGAGUCUCCAAGGAGCUAUCCAAGGACUGCAUCGUCGUGUUUGACGAGGCUCACAACAUUGACAACGUGUGUAUCGAAUCAUUGAGCAUCGACCUUACAGAAGAUUCGCUACGGAAAGCCACUCGAGGUGUCAAUAACCUAGAUCGCAAGAUAACGGACAUGAAAUCCUCAGACGCAGAAAAGCUACAAAAUGAGUAUGCCAAGCUAGUGGAAGGUCUCCGAGCAGCGGACGAGGCGCGUGAUGAAGAAGCCUUCAUGUCCAAUCCAGUUUUACCGGACGACCUCCUCAAAGAAGCGGUUCCAGGCAAUAUUCGCCGAGCCGAACAUUUUGUGGCAUUUCUAAAGCGGUUCAUAGAAUAUCUGAAGACACGGAUGAAAGUGCUGCACGUCAUAUCAGAAACACCUCCCUCAUUCCUGAGUCACCUUCGCGAACUCACAUUCAUCGAGCGGAAACCGCUCCGCUUCUGCGCCGAACGCCUCACCUCCCUCGUCCGCACCCUCGAACUUACCAAUAUCGAGGAUUACCAACCCCUCCAAGAAGUCGCAACGUUUGCGACGCUUGUCGCAACCUACGAAACCGGCUUUCUGCUCAUCCUCGAACCCUACGAAUCCGCGACCGCGACCGUUCCUAACCCCAUCCUCCACUUCACCUGUCUCGAUGCCGCCAUCGCCAUUAAACCCGUCUUCGAGCGUUUCAGCUCGGUAAUCGUCACUUCGGGAACGAUGUCCCCCCUAGACAUGUACCCGCGCAUGCUCAACUUCUCCACCGUCGUCCAAUCCUCCUUCACCAUGACCCUCACACGCAAAACCUUCCUCCCGAUGAUCGUCGACCGCGGCAGCGACCAAAAUCAAAUAACCUCGCAAUUCGAGCACCGCAACGACAUGCCCGUGAUCCGCAACUUCGGCAACCUCCUCAUCGAAUUCUGCAAACUGACACCGGACGGCGUCGUCGUCUUCUUCCCUUCGUACCUGUACAUGGAAUCCAUCAUCUCCAUGUGGCAAGGCAUGGACAUACUCAACCAAGUCUGGAAACACAAACUCAUCCUCGUCGAAACUCCGGACGCCCAGGAAACCUCGCUCGCCCUCGAAACCUUCCGCACAGCCUGCAACAACGGCCGCGGCGCCGUGCUCCUGUGCGUCGCCCGCGGCAAGGUCUCCGAGGGCAUCGACUUUGACCACCACUACGGCCGCACCGUCUUGUGCAUGGGCGUCCCCUACCAAUACACGGAAUCCCGCAUCCUCAAAGCCCGCCUCGAGUUCCUCAGGGAAACGUACCGCAUCAAGGAAUCCGACUUCCUCUCCUUCGACGCCAUGCGGCACGCCGCCCAGUGCCUGGGGCGCGUCAUCCGCGGCAAGGACGACUACGGCAUCAUGGUGCUCGCGGACAAACGGUUCGGCAAGAAGAUCACGCAGCUGCCCAAGUGGAUCCAGAUGGCGCUCGAUACCAAGAAUGCCAAGUUGAGCGUCGAUCAGGCGGUGGCGCAUGCGAAGGCCUUUUUGAGGGAGAUGAGCGUGCCGUGGAGUCGGAAGGAGAAGGAGGGGGUCGCGAGUUGGGGGAUUGAGGAGUUGGAGGCGCAUCAGAGAAAGUUGAGGGAGCAGGCGAUUGCGGGGACGGAGGAUUCGAGGAUGAGGGGUUUGGAGGGGAGGGCGGAUGGGAGGACCUUUGAAGGGGCGGGCGCUGGGGUGGAUGGUGGGGUCUCUGGGAGAGUGGAGGGGAGGGUGGUGGAUGUCAGUGGGUUGGCGGACGACGAGUAUGGUGGUGACGAGAUGGAUGUUGUUAUGGCAGACAUUCAGGUUUGA